UGUGACACACACUCGGACCAAAGACACAGAAGAGCAGAAACACAACCUGGACCAUCGUCAAACAUCAGCAUCAAACUCUGAUGGAUGACCAUGCUAACACCACAGGGCUUUACAUUGGCGGUCGGUGGUGAAACAUCGGCGAGAACUGCACCUUCAUAAACUCACCUGGAGACUUGAAGUCUUCUCUUUCGCUAAAGUGAUAAUAUUUUCUGUUUGGGAUUGCUCAUUUACAUUCUCAAAAAUGGACACAAUUUCCCAGGAUUCCAUGCUGGAGUGCCAGAUCUGCUUCAACUACUACAGCCCGCGGCGGCGGCCCAAACUGCUGGACUGCAGACACACGUGCUGCUCCGUGUGUUUGACGCAGAUGCGCAGCAGCCAGAAGGAAAUCCGCUGUCCUUGGUGCCGCGGCGUCACCAAGCUGCCGCCGGGCCUGUCCGUCUCCCAGCUCCCAGACGACCCAGACAUCAUCACUGUCAUCGCCAUCCCCCACGCCUCCGAGCACACGCCCGUCUUCAUUCGCCUCCCGAGCAACGGCUGCUACAUGCUGCCUCUGCCCGUCGCCAAGGAGCGGGCGCUGGGGUUGCCGGGAGAGCUGGGCUGUCGCUUCCUUCCCGGCAGCCAACAGAAAGGCGCUGUCACCGUGGUGACCAUGCCUGAGCAGCAGCCGCUGGGCCUGGCAAUGGGUCUGGACGGUGUUGGCCUGGAGGGAGGCGAAGUGGAGAGGAGGGUCAGUGGCGGUCCGGUGGGAGGAGGGAAAGGAUCCACGUGGUCCGGCGUGUGCACUGUCGUCCUGGUGGCCUGCGUCCUGCUCUUCCUGCUGGGCAUCGUCCUGCACAACAUGUCCUGCAUCUCCAAACGCUUCACGGUCAUCUCUUGCGGCUGAGGCCGCCGUGGAGGAGGAGGAGGAAGGAGACUGCUCGGACUUCCCGUCCCCCCCCUGUCCACCCUUCCUGGAUUCCCCCCACAAGCCAUGAGUCUCCUCAGGGAAGGAGAGUGGAAUAAACUCACAUCAGGGGGAGUCCAUGGAAACCGAGGAGCAAUGUAGAGAAGGCGAGGACAAGGAGAGUCGAUGAUUGUCUGAAGGCAAAAAAACCCUCAGAUGUUUCCCUGUCCUACUCUGGACCUGGUUCCAGUCUGAGGAUUUGUUUUUGGCCCAGAUUUUGCUCUGACGUUCACGCUCGGUGGUUGACCGCUUGUUCUUGCCUGUGGUUCGUAGACGUACAUCAGUGAUCGUAGUGUUGUUUUUAGAUGAGUGUUCACGUGUCUGGACUUGCCUCGUGGUUCAGGAUCCACAUGUGACCCAAUCAGAAUCAUCAGAAUAAGUGAAGGAAACUUUCUUUCUUUUUUCCGCCUGUUUCAGCUCAGAACUGUCAACAAAAGCUCAAACAGGGAAUAUUUUGUUCACACAGCUUUGAAUAAAAUCACAGGUAGAACCCGAUCACAACCAGAUUGUGUUGAUUAGUUGGUAAAUUGAUGGUUUUAGCUUCUAUUUUUUAGUUUACAGUUUUUGUUUUUGCAAACGAUAUAAUCAAAAAAAACAUAGAAUCAGAUAAAAUUCUAAAUGUUUCGUAUUCUGGAGAAAUUGUCAAGACAAAGACACAGACCAUUUUAGGAACUUAAAAAUAUGAAUUAACCUCAAUUAAUACAAAAUAAAAAGUUAAAAAGUAAAACGUAUGGAUGUAAAGCUUUGUAGCUUCACUCUGAAUUAACUUAAUUUGUAAGUGAUUUUCUUUUUUAAUUCAACCAGUUUCUCUUUUUUUCUGUGUAAAAGUUCAGCAGAUUUAAUACACUCUUUGGAAAAGGUGGUUAGCUUAGCUUAGCAUAAACUGGAAACAGAAGUCAAAUGGCUGAACUCACUCUCACUCCAUUCUUGUGUUUUAGCUAAGUGCUAAAUGCUACAGUCAAAGUACGACUUUACACAAAACCACAACAUUUUGAUGCUAACAAGUUGUGUCAGAGUUUAAGCUAGCACAUUGAACUAGCUAAAUAGCUAACAAGUUAAAAACAUGUUCCACACUUAAGUUGUGGAUUUCUGAAUUAUUUGUUUUUUGUAGCCUUAAAUUAAGACUUUUAAUGCGUAUUUAAGGUAUGGGCCUUGCUUUAUGGAGUCCGCCAUCUUGUUUUCAGCCACCAUGUUUCUACUUCUACUGUACGUAAAAACAUAGACGUAGAUAUACCUUUCUGUGAGGGCCACCGUAGUACCCUAACAUGUCUGGGAAACGAGUCAUCACCAGUAGUAUUAGUGUCACUAAUUCUUACACACUGGUCCUUUAAAAGAAAUGUCUUAUGAGAC